GUCGACUCCACCUGGCAACACUGCUACCACUACGCAUUGCGCAAAUACGAUACGCGUAUGAAAAUGAGAAAAUGGUUGCUUGUGGUUCGCUGUUACGAAGAUAAUCCAAGUGUUUUGUUGUUUUAGUGCUUGUUUUGUUAUAGUCCAUCGUCAUACAAAAUGUUUAAAACUAAAUUGGAAGUUGACAAACACGUGGACAAUUGCUUAAAGAAGGUUAAUGGUGAAACUGAGAGAAAUCUGAGGAGCUUCUCAUUUGCCAAACUAUACUACAAUGUUGGUGAUUGUGAACAUGCAAUCCGUUACAUCUUGUCAUACCUCAGUGUCAAGCCCAAGUCUGCAGAGGCAUACCAGUUGCUAGGAAAAUGUUAUGAGAAGCAAGGCAAAAACUAUGAAGCUCUAGAAGCUUAUAAGAACAGCGUGCAGAUUGACUCAAAGAAUAAGAGUUUAAUACUAAAAGGUAAGUCUGAAGCAACUUCUAAAAUGUUCACCUAUAAAUCUACAAAUACACCUGACAAGUCUAAAAAUUUUUUUCUAGUUUGUGAACUACUUGCUUCUGCAGAUGAAGAAAUGAAUCAGCAGAGUGCCAAAUGUUACCUCAGCUUAGCUCAAACCAUUGAUCCAUAUAACCCUGUGGUUUAUCAGCUAAAAGAAAAACUUAUCACAACUGAAUCUAAGGAUCCAGAACAAGAAACACAAUUACUGAUGAAAGAACUAGAAAACAGACCAUUAGAUGUUAACCUUAGAUGCAAGAUACUAAAACUUUUCAUACUGCAUAAUAAGAUUAAAGAAGCCUAUAAGCAUAUUACAGAUAUAGAGCAGAAAAACUUAGAUAUAUUUAAUAACAUUACCUGGUAUGAAACAGUAGCUGAAGUUUUAUUGAAGUAUCAAAGAAGUGUUACACAAUUAAAUUGGGAGUAUUGGUUUCUCUCAGUAUCUGUUCUUGAUAGGCUUGCUGCCUUGAGCUUAGAUGACCACAAUGAUACUUCAAAAAAUACAAUAGAGUGUAUUACUGCAGUGUUUAAUUUUGACCAAAUGCUAUCUAAGGCUUCUCAAAACCUCAAGGACUGUCCUGAUCAACACUUGGUAUCUGAAUUUUUGAAUCAUUACCGUGCACAAUUAUAUUUCCAUGUAGCAACAUCGAUUUUCAAGCUAGCUAAGAUAGAUGUCAUUCCUUUUAAACAGGCAUCAAAUAUUACCCUACCAGUAUUAUUUGCUGCAUACCACUCAUAUCCUAUAGACCUUCAGAGCAUGUGGUUCUUGCAUCUUCCCGAAAAUUCCAGACAGUUGGUGCUUAAAUGGCAUAAAGACUCUUCUUUUAGAUGUUCACAAACAGGACAUGUCUUACUUGAGGCUUUUAAAGACAGAAAGUCUGCAGUUCUAGAAAAAGCCUCUCAGUAUUCAAUGGGGUCAUGGCGAGAACAAGUCUUUAAGAGAGUUUUUAUACAAAGAGAUCAGCAGAUGAAAAUGAGUACUAGUUGCUUUGUUUCUAGUGACCAACCAUUAGAGCCAGUAAUUAGACUGCCUAAUAAUGAAGAUAUACUUAGAUAUGAUGAAACGGCUCAACUGGUCUACCCAGACUCAUUGCACCAUUACAUCUGGAUUGCUCUUAACACCAAGCUCUCUGAUUUUCAUGUCAAAGGAUUUGAUGGAUUACAAUACACUGUUAAAAAUUUGGUCAACUGUGCUGCUGAAACCUUGAACAUUCUUGACAUACAGGCAUUUAUAUACUGUGCAACCUUGUGUACCAAAUUGGGGAUUGAUAACAAUAUAAUGCACUUUAAUAAAAAUAAGCCCAGGGUGCUUCCAGCUGCAAUAACGGACACAUUAGGUUCAGUGAACCAAUCAAAAUUCAUCAAGGCAGCAUAUAAAAUGCACAAGAAUGAACAAGGUAGUGAUGCAAGUGAAGUGAGGCUAGCAUUGAUCAACGGCAUUGAGGUUGUUAGAUGUGUAGGCCAUCAUGGCUUGGAUGUGAAGGUACUGGUAAAUUUGGGAACUUUAUUUGAAGAGAGGUCAAAGAAUUUAACAAAACAGUCUGAGAUUGAGGCUAAUAGUGCAAGAGCUGAUUUGUAUUGGAGGACUGCUCUUCCACUUUUGGAAAAGAUCAAGAAUAGCCAAAUAAUUGUAUAUCCUAACAAUAGACUAUUUGAGUAUAAGAAUAAAGAAAUGAGUGUCCCUGAGGCUGUGAGUUAUAUUGAGCAGGGAAAGUUGUUCACAGGUGCACAGCUAAUGAAGAAAAAAGAAUAUGAUAGAGCACUUGAAGUGUUUGCUCACUUGAAAGACCCUUAUGCCAGUUUUUAUCAAGCCCAAAUCUACAAACAUAUGGCUGAUGAAAAGACGAAUCAAAGUAAAGAAAAUGUCACAUCUGAGAUGCGAAGUCAACACAUCAUUUUGCUUUCCAAAGCUAGGGAUUGUCUCUACUUGACAUUAGACAGAUUGAGAGAUCCUUCUGUGGAUCGGUCACAUCCUUUAAAUGCUCAACUAGGUACAGAAAUCGAGAAGAUAGAGAGACUGUUAUCAAGAAUUGAUCCUGACAAUUCCCAUGAUUAUGAUGGAACUUCAGAUGAUAAUGAUUCUGAUAACAGUGUGGGUGAGCAUUACCUAUCAGCUGCAGGGUAUACAAAUCAGCCAAGUUUCCAAAAUAGUACACAGUAUAGUUCAAAACAUGAUCAAAUGAAUAUCACAUCUACUCCUAUGAAGCUGCAUAUUCCAAGGCAAGAAGCAAGACCAAGUCCUGAGAGACUAGAUGCCCAAAUUCGUCAACUUAUGUCAUCAAGUAUACUGGAACAGAACAAGAUUCUGACUAGUUCCCACAGGAACCUUUUGGAGGAACUGAGAAGCUUCAAAGGUGCAGUUAACAAUUUGACUGCAAUGGUUGAGGAUUUGAAGCAUAUGAAAAGAGGAUUUGAGGAAAUCAAGAAGUCUGUUGAUGAACUUAAACACUCUGUUGAUCACUUGCAAAAUGUGGAUGACAUGGUGCAGGAAAUUAAGAAAGAAAUCAAUGAGCUUAAAAAAGAUCAUCCUAAACCCAGCCAACUCAGUGAAGAAGACCUGUAUGUGCUGGAUUCAGACUAUGGCCUGGACUACAACAUCAACUCAAAUCUCAAUUCAGGAUAUACAGCACCUACCUUGCCAAAUGUGUAUCCAAACUACCCAGCUGCUAGACUUCCAAAUCCAGGGAAUUUGGCUGCAGGCUAUGGAGCUCCAGGAUUUUAUCCUGGCUUGUAUCCUGGACUGCCAUAUGGGUAUGGUGGGCUUGGUUUGCCGCAAAUGCCGCAACUACCCCAGCCUGGAACACUGCCGGGAACAUUGCCAUUUGGAUCCGAGUCUCAAGUACCUGGGAUACCAGGAGCGCCAGCUGUACCGGCAGUUCCAGUAAGCUAUGCUCAAGCAAUGAUGGCACAAUCUGCCUUGUCACAACAAUCUCUUCCCUCCACUAGUUUAGGAGUUGGUCUUCUUACAGGACAAAGUCUUACGCAGCAGGCACCUUCAACGCCGAUGCCCGCCAAAACAACCCCACAAGCUACUUCGAAAGAGUAUCCAGUGAACGUAGUUAUAACCACCUCUGAUCCUCUGCCAUCAAGCAAGACGUUAACCACUUCUCAACCAGUGCUGUCGGUAACCAUACCACCGCAUCACAUUAAGGGAAGUGUGGUGGCGUCGCAGUCGAUGUCACAACCUCAUAGUUAUCAGAUUCCCAUGCCUAUAACUGGAAUUACUUCUAUGGCGCCGUCCAUUCUCAGUAAACCUCCACCGGUGGUAACAACACAAAGCCUGUUAUUCAAUGUGGCCCCGCCAAUAUUUUCUGCAGUCUCACCAAAUAAGACACCCUCCAAGGACGUUAGUCUUGGACUGCGAAUAGAAAAGUCUCUCAACGAGUCGUUUAACAAGGAGAAGUCGAAUACAAGCUUGAAAAGUAACACCUCUGCUACCUCGGAUGAGGAGCACGACCCAUGUCCAGAUUUCAAGCCUAUCGUUCCUCUUCCUGAUGAGGUACCAGUCAACACUGGUGAAGAAAAUGAAACGGAAAUGUUCUGUGAAAGGGCGAAGUUGCUUAGGCAUGUGGUGGUUAAUGAUAAUGCCGAAUGGAAAGAAAGAGGGGUUGGUUUAUUGAAAAUAUUGAGGAACGAUGCGACCGGCAAGAUCAGAAUUCUGAUGAGACGUGAACAGGUCCAUAAAAUUUGCGCCAACCACUUCAUCACCAAAGACAUGCAACUACAACCGAUGCCUAACAACGAUCGGGUUUACAUUUGGGCGGCUCAUGAUUAUGCUGAUGAAACUAUGGUUUUGGAAAAGUUUUGUGUAAGAUUCAAGUUGCCAGAGGAAGCUAAAAAGUUCUACAAUGCGUUUGAAGCUGCUAAGAAGUUACUUGAUAAACCGUCAGUUUCUAUCAUUAGCAAGACAGCAGAGCAAGUGAAAGAAUCUGCAAAGGGUCCAACAACGUCAACACCCGAAACGAAGAGAGCAAUUGAAACUACUCCUGUUCAGAAACCAGCAGUCCAAAAGUCUGCAGAAACUGCUGCUCAGAAGCCCGCUGUCUCAGCACCUGCUAGCACUUUGGGUGGUUUUGUCUUUAGCAGUACACCUACUUUUAAACCAAAGGUUACAGAGACUGUUACACCUGUUCAGACACAAGAGACGACACCUAACAAAGCAACCCCAUUCACUUCAUUUACGUUUGGAAAGAUCGCUGGAACCCCUGUUGCUAGCACUUUUACGACUCUGGCAACUGAAGCGCAGACCUUCUCCCCUUUGAUUAUAUCCCAGGAGAAAGGAAAAGAUAAGCAGGAAAAUGAUGAUGAUAGUCACGCAGAAGAAUUCGUACCUACUGCCGAGUUUAAGCCUGUAGUUGCCUUACCAGAAUUAGUAGAAGUGGUGACUGGCGAAGAGAACUGUCAAGUUCUCUUCGAAGCUAGGGCAAAGCUAUUCAGAUAUGAUACUUCAGGAGAACAACACGAAUGGAAAGAACGUGGAAUUGGUACCAUCAAGGUGCUAAAAGAUGAUACUUCUAUAAGGCUGUUGAUGAGGCGAGAUCAGGUUCAUAAGGUGUGCUGCAACCACACGGUUCUCAAGAACAUGCUUUUUAAAAUGAACUCUACCAUCCCGAAAGCGGUAGUUUGGAGUGCUCAAGACUUCUCCGAAGGCGUUCUGGCACCCGAGACAUUCACUGUCAGAUUCAAGACAGAGGAACAAGCGAGUAAUUUCUUACAAACGUUGCAAACUGCUCAGACGUCCUUGAAUGAGGAUAACAAGAUCAGCGGAAAGCAUCACAAGGCUGAAGCUAGAACCAGAACGACCAGCUGGGGUGAUAAGUUCAAGCCUGUGAAGGGUAGUUGGGAGUGCAAGAACUGCUAUGUUGUCAAUGAGGGAUCUUCGAAUACGUGUAUGGCAUGCGAAACUUCAAAGAGUGGUAGUUCUGUUAAGAAAUCGGAAGAAUCCGGGCCUGUCUUUUCGUUUGGGGUUACUCCUACUACUAAGUCCAAACCAUUGUUUGGUGUUGAAACAACAGAUGCAAUGAAAGAAGAAACCAAGGGUUUGGAUUUGUCUACUUCUGGUCAAAAGUACGCAUUUGGCACUCCAGCUGCUAAGACUGAAGAAAGCAAAACUGCAUCUUCAGGCACUGGAGGAUUUGGAGAAGCAUUCAAACCAAAACCUGGCUCCUGGGAGUGUAAAAUGUGUCUGGUUAGAAACAAUGCUGAUGUGUUGUAUUGUGCAUCUUGUGAAGCACCCAAGGAUGAUACUGUGCCAAAGAAAUCCGAUGCAACUUCAUCAAGUAUGAAAGGAGUCAACUUAGACACUCCCGGCCUGAAAUUCACCUUUGGCAUCCCUCCAGGGACUGGUGCUAGUGCCCCCACAACACCCCAAUCACCGCAGGUGACCUUCUCCCUUCACGGAAAAACUGAAACCACACAAACCCCACCCGUAGCGAAACCAGCCAGUAUAUUCAAAGCCAGCGGCGGCACAAUCUCGUUUAAAACACCACAACCUGAAGCGGGCCAAGAAGCAGCGGAUGGAAAGUUUAUUUACGGUUCGCCUCGACAGCAUGCGUUUGAAUUCAAGCCGAGGUCACCUAGAAGGGCAAGUGCUGGACAAGGUGAUGAAGAGUCUGAUGGUGGCAGUGGGUUGGAAGAAGAAGAGGAUAAUAUCUAUUUCAAACCUGUUAUACCACUGCCUGAUAAGGUCGAAGUGAAGACUGGAGAAGAGGAUGAGGAAGUUCUAUUCAGCCAGAGAGCCAAGUUGUUCAGGUUUGUUGGUGAUGAAUGGAAGGAAAGGGGCUUAGGAGAUAUCAAGAUUCUCAGGAAUAAGGCAUCUGGAAAAUUGAGGGUGGUGAUGCGACGUGAUCAAGUUUUAAAGAUUUGCCUGAACCACAUGCUUACCAAAGAUGUCGAAUACCUUCCUAAAGACGAGAAGACUUGGUUGUUCCAUGCUGCUGACUUCUCAGAGGGCGAGCUAGCGUGCGAACAGUUUUGCGUGCGUUUCAAAACGCCCGAGGUAGCCGAAGAAUUCAAAAAGGCUGUGGCUGACGCACUGGAUGGCUGUGAUUUAGGAAAAACUCCAGUAGUGGUCAGUUCGCAGGAUGAUAGCGACGAGGUCAAAAUCGUCUCUGAAACCAAAGUAACUCCUGAAGAAGAAAAGGAAGCCAUCAGAUUAGGCCUUCCUCCCAAGUUCUUUUCGUACAAACAGCUUCCCGACUGCACCUGUGAACAGUGCAAGAAGGACGACGAAUAUAUGAAAAGUGCAACGAAUGCUUCCUUGGUGAUGACUCCUAAGACAACCAAGACUGUUUACUUCUCGGCGAGUUCGACACCAUCGUUAGCGUCAUCUGAAGCCGGGUCAGUGUUUGCCACCCCUGAGCUUGCUAGUGUUGCUAAGUCGCCUCAGCCAGGUGGUGAUAGUUUGAAAAACUUGCUUUUGAAGCCGCCUAUUUUCGGUACACCCAAAGAAGCAGGCGAUGGUGCAACACCGAAAACUGGAUCAAAUUCUGCUAAAUCCACAUUCUCUUUUGCCCGAGCAACUGCACCGGCAACUAGUGCAAGCCUGUUCUCGCCCGCUGCUACAACAGCCGCUAUCACUUCGAGCGGGGAUACCAGUUAUGGAGCUAAAACUACCACAGGAGGCUUGUUCGGCAUUUCAACAAACAUAUUCGGUACUCCCACGUCCAAUACAGAGCCUACUAUAAAAAGUGCCACUGCAAUUACAACAGGCUUGUUCAGCAGCAUCGGCAUUUCUGCUUCAGACCCCUCUACUCCAAAAAGUCCUGCUACCACAGGAAGUUUGUUCAGUAGUUCAGGCAGCAUAUUUGGUAGUUCAGCUCCAGGUGCAAAUACUAAUACCCCAAAAAGUACUGGUACGACAGGAAGUUUAUUCAGCAGCUCAGGCAGCAUAUUUGGUGCUACUCGCAGUACAGAAAGUGGCACUCCAAAAAGUGCUACCACCACUGGAAGUUUAUUUGGCAGCCCAGCCAGUAUUUUUAAUAAUGCUGCAGCAAAAACUACUACUACUGCUGGAAGCUUAUUCGGCAGUCCAGCAAGCAUAUUCAGUAACACACAGUCUGCUACUACUACAAAUACCACUAGCACCACUGCAGCGAGUAUAUUUUCUUCAAAUACGAGUAUCUUUGGAGGAAAUACGACCAGCACGCCCUCUGUGUUCGGAGGAAGUAGCAAUACAACACCUGUAUUUGGCGGAGCUGCACCAGUGUUCGGUAGCAGUGGAAGUACUGCAUUGUUUGGAAGCGGCAAAAGUAACAUAUUUGGAGGUAGUACUCCUGCAAGUACAGCUAGCGCAACUCCUGUAUUUGGAGGUGCUUCCACGACAACAGUCUUUGGUUCUAGCAGCUUAUCUGCUGCAGCAACGACAACUAGCACAACUCCUUCAAAUACCAGCAUAUUUGGAAGCAAUACAAUCACAACGUCAGCAAACCUCAGCUUCGACAGUCUUGUGCCUAAAGAAGGGCAAACUACUCACCUGAAAGAGGACGAUGAGGUGGUUCUUAAAUGCGACUCUAGCAUUUCAUUUGCUUCGUUAGCUGCAAAUACUUCAAGUGAUGCUCAGCCAGCAUUUUCUGCUAAGACAGAAUCCAGCGGCAAAAAUGCGUUCGCGUUCCUGGGCGCAGGUGCUCCGGUAUUCGGCGCAAAGACACCCGCGAGGAAAGAAGAAGCAGACAAAUCGAAGAACGGCAGUGGAGGUGAUUCUGGCGACGAGGCAGCGGGCGGUAACGCUGAAGACGCCAACGAAGAGAACUAUGACCCUCAUUACGAGCCCAUCGUACCCUUGCCGGACCAGAUUGUAGUCUCUACGGGAGAGGAAGAGGAGAUACCGGUGUUCAACGAGAAGGCGAAGUUAUAUCGGUUCGACGCCAAGACGGAUGAGUGGAAGGAGAGGGGAGUUGGGCAUUUCAAGGUGCUGCAUCAUCCUAUUAAUGGCACCUACAGAUUGCUGCUGCGUCGCGAUGUAGUCCACAAAAUCGUUCUGAACCAACGGAUAACUCCAUCGUUAGAGUUCAUGCCAAUGACCGCCUCUGACAGAGCUUGGAUGUGGGCAGGGUACAACUAUGUUGAAAACGAGAGUAACUUCGAAGAACUUGCAGUAAAGUUCAAGAAUGUUGAAUUGGCUAAACAGUUUUAUGAUGUCAUUCAGGAUGUAAUAUCUAAAUGCAACAAAUCUUCAGCUGAAUGUUCAGUAGAAGAGGUCAUCGGCGAAGAUCCCCUAGAAUCAAGAGAUAAUACUGAAUAUGAGGAGGAAGACUAUGAUGAAGAUGAUAGGUCAGUGAUGUUCACGAAGCAGUGCACUUUGAGUGAACAACUGUCGAACAAUACUUGGCAGAAAGUGUGCACGGGUGAACUGCAAGUCUACUAUGAUCCAGAAUUGUAUGCUGCAAAGAUAUCUGUCGGUGAUGAAAAUGGCGAGGUGGCCAGCAAUACGCUUAUUGCUGUGAACACACUUAUGAUUAUAAACAAAAACGAAUGUACAUGGAGGGCGGUUGAAUGGGCCGGCGACAUGACGUGGAGAACACUAAAAGCCACGUUCGAAAACGAAGAUGCCGCGCAAGAAUUCCAUUCUAACUAUUUGGAAGGACUGAAUUAUGCCAGGCAAGUGGGGAUCAUCGACGGUGUGCCGCACGAGCAGGAUCCUGAUACUGAGACUGAAGACUAGGAUAAGAGGUUUCAUCGAAAAAACUAAAUCCGAGUUUAAUGUUAUUUUACUGUUAGCUUUUUAUUAUUGCAGAAUUUUAUUCCAUGUAUUGCCCAACUUGAAAAUAAAAAUGUUUUAGGAACUACA